UGCCUUGCUGAAUUCAGAAACGCUGGUCAGUGGUUUGCUCCGCGAUCUCCAUGGCGGGUGCUGUGAGAACGACGAUGACGGCGAUGCUGGUGAUGCUAGCCGCAAUCUCUCUGUAUUAUGCUGAAGCUUCUACUACGGCUGAGUUUGUGCAUAACACCAUCACGUCCCACAAGAUCGUCAUCUUUUCCAAGUCCUAUUGCCCGUACUGCCGAAGAGCAAAAGCUGUUUUCAAAGAAUUAAAACAAGAGGCACAUGUUGUUGAGCUUGAUGAGAGAGACGAUGGCUCAAAGAUUCAGGAUAUUAUGGUUAAUAUUGUUGGGAGGCGUACUGUGCCACAAGUCUUUAUUAACGGAAAGCACCUUGGUGGUUCGGAUGAUACCGUUGAAGCCUAUGAGAGUGGAAAACUGGCAAAUCUUCUGGGAAUUGAGACAGAGGUUAAUGAUGAUUUAUGAAUCAGAUUAGUAAUACUUUGAAAUUUGUAAUUUUACUUUGAGUCCAAAAUGAAAUUGCUGCGCAUACGAGGGCGGAUCCAAUACUAUGCUUUGAUAGAACAGACGUUUUCAUCUUAGAUCAUAUGGGAUUUUGAUCAAUAAGUUCUGACGUAAUUUAGUUUGGUAUGGUUUGCUAGUUGAAAGAGUGAGAUUAUUAGUACUUGUUGAGCAUGAAAAUUGUCGUUGAAUGUUACCUAGUUAUGUUAAAUACAUACAAAAAAUGACAAUGAGGGAAAAAUUUCCGAGCACGCUAUUGAAAUAAUGAAAUGACGUAGCUUUUUAGUA